AUGGGCGUGCAGCAGCUCGGCGGCAUCAACGCCGUCAUCUUCUACUGCCAGGACAUUUUCGAGAACGCGGGCAGCACCAUCCCGGACGCCGUGGCGGCGAUCAUCGUGGGCGUGGUGCAGGUGGUGGCGACGCUGGCGGCGGCGUCGCUGGUGGACCGCGCCGGGCGGCGGCCGCUGCUGCUGGUGUCUGCGGGGCUGAUGGCGCUGUGCCAGGCCACGCUCGGCCUCUGCCUCAAGCUGCCCGACGCUCUGCCCGGCUGGCUGGCGCUCGUCGCCGUCGGCGUCUUCAUCAUCGCCUUCUCGCUGGGCUGCGGCCCGCUGCCCUGGAUGAUGCUCGGGGAGAUCUUCGCGCCCGAGGGCACGGCGAGCGGGCUGGCGGUGACGCUCAACUGGGUGAUCGUGUUCGCGGUGACGUUCGCCUUCCCGCCGGCGAACGACGCGCUGGGCGGCGUCACCUUCUUCUUCUUCGCCGCGGUGUGCGCGCUGGGCUUCGCCUUCGUGCUGGCGGUGGUGCCCGAGACCAAGGGCAAGACGCUGCAGGAGAUCCAGGACGCCCUCAGCGGCGACGACAAGCGCGGCGGCCGCCCGGUCUAA